AUGGUUGCAUGCCUUUCGUGCACUCUACCUGAUGCCCUUAUAUCCAGAAGAAGAAACCCGUUAUUGAGCUCUCGCUGUCACUCCAGUUUUAGAACUAACCCUAAGUUUGGUUCUCACGAAGCUCUCCUUUUACUCCAAAACUGCACCAAUUUCAAUCGUCUCAAGCUUGUCCAUGGUAAGAUCAUCCGCAAUGGCCUCUCUGCUAAUCAAUUACUUGUUAGAAAAUUGAUUCACCUCUGUUCUUCUUAUGGGAGAUUGGACUAUGCUACUCUACUUUUCCAUCUAGUUCAAGAACCCGAUACUUUUACUUGGAAUUUCAUGAUUAGGACAUACACUAUCAAUGGCUAUUCUCAGAAAGCUCUCCUUCUCUAUAACCUCAUGAGUCGCCAUGGCUUUCCUCCUGAUAAGUUCACUUUUCCUUUUGUUAUCAAGGCAUGUUUGGCAUCCUGUGAUAUUCGCAAGGGGAAGGAGGUCCAUGGCCUUGCUAUUAAAACUGGGUUUUCGAAGGAUAUGUUUUUGUACAACACUUUGAUGGAUCUUUAUUUUAGUUGCGGGGAUGUGGGGUAUGGACGCAAGAUGUUUGACAAAAUGCCUGUUCGAAAUGUGGUUUCGUGGACCACUCUGAUUGCAAGGCUUGUUGCUUGUGGAGAUCUGGAUGCUGCUCGACGGGCUUUUGAUCAAAUGCCAACACGAAAUGUUGUUUCCUGGACUGCAAUGAUUAAUGGGUAUGUUAGGAACCAACGACCUCAUGAAGCAUUUGAAUUGUUUUGGAGAAUGUUGCUUGCUAAUGUGAAGCCCAAUGAGUAUACGCUGGUUAAUUUGUUAAAGGCGAGUUCUGAGUUGGGGAGUCUUAAAUUGGGUAGAUGGCUUCAUGAUUAUGCACUCAAGAAGGGGUUUGAACUUGGGGUUUUCCUUGGGACUGCUCUUAUUGACAUGUAUAGCAAAUGUGGCAGUUUGGAUGAUGCCAGGCAAGUAUUUUGUGAGAUGCAAAUCAAGAGUUUAGCUACAUGGAAUACUAUGAUCACUAGCUUGGGGGUACAUGGAUUUGGGGAGGAGGCCCUUUCUCUUUUUGCAAAGAUGGAGGAGGCAAAUGUACGGCCAGAUGCUAUCACUUUUGUAGGUGUCUUAUGCGCUUGUGUACAGACCAACAAAGUAAGAGAGUGUGAUAUGUACUUCAAAUAUAUGAGAGAACACUACGGAAUAACUCCUGUUUUAGAACAUUAUACUUGUAUGAUUGAACUAUAUGGUCAUGCCAACUUGAUGAAUGCCCCGAACGAAUUAGCAAAGGGCAUGCCAAGGGAGCUGGAUGAUGAUUUAGCAGCAGCAUGGAUUAAGUCAAGUUUCAUUGAUGGUAUGGUUGACACGGAAAAUUCUUUCGAGCACCAUGGCAAAGAAAUACUCUGCUGGGAAACACAAACAGAACAUUUGUCCCGGUAUCAGCUUCAGUGCUUCAAAUGGGAUGUUGGUUGA